UUUACCGCUGCUUUCCGCCUUCUUGCUAGUGGCUGCAUGCCACGUCCAUCAAGAGCUGACCAAUAGCUGACUACGCCUCGCCUUUUGGCCGGCCAGGAAGAAUUUUCUAAUGGGCUUCCGUUUCUGGACUACCGGUUGAUUUUGCUUAAGGCGGUCGGGUUAACUGAAGAUGGCAGAGGUCGCGGGCGGACGAAUCGCCGUCGGCUUUUAAAGACGCCGCCUAUGGCCUUGGCAAGAUCGCAGCGCCAGUCAAGGGCCGCCUCUGUCCUCGCCUCAGAUCUCCUCUGGUCGUCCUAUGGAGCCGGUUUUAGGCCCAAAGCAGCGCUGCCUACCCUUGUCUUUCCCGUUGCCUUUCGUAAGCGAUCAGGUCCCGGCCAGGGUAAAAAUGGCCAGGAAGGGGAAGGAAGAGGAAACGUUUGGCGCCGUGCUGGCCCGAAAGACCUGUACGAAUUGCUGGGAGUGCAAAGCACCGCUACUCAGGCCCAAAUCAAGACCGCUUACUACAGACAGUCCUUUCUCUAUCACCCGGAUCGCAAUGCGGGCAGCGUGGAGGCGGCCGAUCGCUUCAUUCACAUCACCCAGGCCUAUCAGGUGUUGGGCAGCCUCAGCCUGCGCAAGAAGUACGACCGUGGCCUCCUCACCGAGAAGGACAUUUCCAACGCCAGGAAGCCCCCUGGCAAAAGUAAAGCAGCAGCAGCAGCAGCUGCUCAGAAAAUGUCCAAGAAGCCGCCUGCGUACACCUCUGGCCACCCUUCAGGCAAGCCCAUCUUCAACUUCGAUGAAUUUUACCGAGCCCAUUAUGCCGAGCAGUUGGAACGGGACCGCCUGAUGCGGCUGAAGCAGCAGGAAUUGCAGAGGCGCAAAGAGAGCAAGGAGCAGGAGAAGUACAGUCUCUUUGAAAGUUUUCUCCUCGUGCUGUUUUUAUCCAGCGUCAUGAUCCUCCUCCGAUACCAGUGAGGAGAAAGAGAGAAGAAAGUUGUGCUAACCUCAUAUGCUGAUCUCUUGGGGAAGCUUUGGAAGCCGGCGGAAAAAACAGAAAAACGGGGGGCGAGACAUUUGUGAACUUUCUGCUGCAGGGCACUCAGCAGCUUUUGGGGUACAUGAGCAAUCUCUUGGGGAACCUUCAUCUAGCGCCCAGAGGACUUUACAGGUUUAGAAGGAUUUGAAACAAGGCAUAGUUUUAUGUAGUUAAUUGUCCAUGCUUAACAGCCUCUGGAGAAGAAAUAUAUAGGUGCUUCCCCAUGCAAAGUAUUAUCACCAGAUGCCACUUCUAUAGCAUGAAAUUCCUUCCUCUUCCUUUGAGUCAAGUAAGAGUAGAAGGAUUUGAGGUGGUUUUUCCUUUCUUUUCACAGGGGUUGAAAUGUUGCUGGUUUUGCAUGGGCAUAUUUAUACUAUUGUUAAGACUUGUCCUGGAUUUGGGCCCAAGGCUGCUGCAGAAUGUAAAAGUACAGAAAGAAAUUUGAAUGUUAUGAGCAAAUGUUUUAUUUUUGUUAAGUAUGCAAAUAGAGGGACAGUUUCUGGACAGUUUGACUUCUUGUACUGAGAGCCAAUCAUGUCUUUAUCCUAAAUAUAAUUUAAUUGGAUAAACUGUUUGACCAUUG